AUGCCUAUUUACCUCGCGCGUUCGCCCCCAACAAGUAAUGGAUUUUGCAAUCGAUGCUUAGUCAGAAGUGCUGAAUUGAGGCUAAGCGGGAAUGGUUUACGUAAGGUAGGUUUGUUUCACUUGGACCAUGAGGUCCCAGACGUCAUACCUUUACGGCGUGGCGGACUGAAUGGAGAAACUAGCUACUGGGCUGCUGACUACCAUCGUCUCGCCCAGGGGAAGUUGCUUACGUCUCGAGAAAUGAUGGCUGAGGUAAAAGGCCCCCGGGACGCGAUCGAUGCUGACUGUCUGGCCAGCAUUCAGCGCAGACUAGCAAAAAUGGGGGUCAUGUCCGGCUUCACUGAUGCGACUGCGUUCUGUCGACUCGACUGUCUUUCUUUGCCUCCUAUGGUGCUCUUAUCUCAAGCUUGCCUGUGUGGCUCGUCGCCUUCGCAUGACCCCCUAUUUUGCUCUGUCCCUACAGCCCACAUCAGCGUGUCUCUGCCUGUGUGCAUAAGCCUCUAG